AUGUAUGGGAUCUCGCCAGCAGAUAAUCCGCAAGUAAAAGAAAUUCGUUGCGUGGUUUUGGUCCCACAGACGGGAAAUCAUCAACAAGUUCAGUUCCCAACGCAUUUACCGCAACAUGAAUUGUUGAAGGAUCUUGAGCCACUUGGAUGGAUGCAUACGCAACCAAAUGAGUUACCACAACUGUCUCCUCAGGAUGUUACAGCUCAUGCUAAGAUCCUAUCCGAAAAUGCUAGCUGGGACGGAGAAAAGACAGUGAUAAUCACUUGCAGUUUCACUCCUGGCUCCGUUUCAUUGACUGCCUACAAGCUCACUCCGUCAGGAUACGAGUGGGGCAAGUCGAAUACGGAUCGUGGCAAUAAUCCAAAGGGAUACAUGCCAACUCAUUACGAGAAGGUGCAAAUGCUGCUGUCCGACAGAUUCCUUGGUUACUUUAUGGUACCCAGCUCUGGAGUAUGGAACUUCAACUUCCAAGGUCAACGCUGGUCCCAGUCCAUGAAGUACGAUGUAUGCUUGGCCAAUCCAAAAGAAUAUUAUCACGAGGAUCAUCGUCCAGUGCAUUUCCAUAACUUUAAGGUGAAAUUUCAACUUAUCCAGUUUAGAUUCAGAGCGGCCAUAAUGUCAGUCUAUAUUACAUCAUAUUGUGUAAUUCAGGCAUUUGACGAUCCGUUGGGCAUUGCUAUGGCUGACAGGGAGGAUACUUUUGCGUAA